GGCUCUUUGAGGAAACUCCUUUUUGUCUCUGUGCCACAUUGAAAAACAUACAGGUUAGGCUGAUGUCCGCUGUUAAAAGAUAACUCUUGGGCACAGAUCCUUUGCCCUUGUGAGUCAGAUCCAGCUUUGCUCACAGACAUGACACCACAGAGUGAGAAUGAGCCAACUGAGCUGAAGCAACCGGCACUAAUAAGGAGAAGAGAGCUGGGGCUCCUCACACUCACUGUUUUCCAUUUGCCCACGCCGGCAGCCGGGCUGGGAUGAGGGGCUAAAAUGUGAUUUUUUUAAAAGAAGAGAUCAACGCACAAGAGGUGAAACAGGGCAAUGACCUUCAGUCGCGACUUCCUGUCUAUACACAGGUCGCAUCAACUUUUAAAGUCGAUCUGGGAGAUAAGCUGCCUCUGCCUUCCUGGUUCAGUCACAAAAGGGGUGCACCCGGCCUCCAAAGGAUGGCUACGCAGGUUUUUGCUGCUGAAGCUGGUGACGGUGCUGCUGUUCCCCCAUGGGGUGGGCCUCCCCCUGCUCCUAGGCUGUGUAUUCAGCCUGCGUGCUCUGUUGCUCCUGCGCUCCCCUCACAUCUCCACCAAGCCCUCCACUGUCCUCCUGAGCCAACUGGCUCACUCAGAUAGCCUGGUGCUGCUGCACUGGGCGAUUCAGCUGGGAGCGACCCUGGGCAAGUGGAUGGAGGAGGCGGGCUGGAAGGCGGAGGUGAGUUUUAUGAAGGACGGGAAAUUGGUUUGGUGGAGAGAGGCUGCAAAAGUGCUCUGUCAUCAGCUGCUUGAUGCACAUCAGCUGGCCUCUCUGCUGCUGUUGGGUCUGCUGGGACUCGAGGCCACGCUGGUGUCACGCUGGCCUCAGCAGACUCGGAGAUUCAGGACUUCUCGCUGGGCGCAGCUCAGCUGCCGUCUGGCCUGGAUGCUUGUGCUGCUGGAACUCACGUCUUUGCUACACUGCAAAACAUUGCAGGACCCCUCAGCAUUUCAGGAUGCUCAGAUUUCCCCUCGUGGCAUCGUGCUUCCCCCCUCCCUGCCUACCUUCUCAUGUUAUCUGAGGAAGAUGUUAUGGCUGGUGAAUUCAUGGCUGCAUUACACCAUCUUCUAUGGUCAACCACAGAGGAAAAAGAGUUCUUAUCAUUAGACCUUUGUAAGAGGAGGAGAAAUGGUUGUAUUUAUACAAAAAGAAAAUCUUAUUUAUAAAAACUUAUUUUACAAGCCAGACUAUGUAAGCUUUUCUGCGAAUAAUCUGUCAUACAGACUAUUUGAUUUUAAUUUAUAAAACCAAUAAAAAAAAUAUACUAAUGUAAAAAUGAAUGCUUUAAAAUGUUAAUAAACAUGAAUUUGACUACAGAAAGCAAAGUAGAAGUUACACUAGGCCUUCUCUUCAGCUGGAACAGGAAAUAAGUAAGUAUGAAAGUGUUUCAUACUUACAGUAGUCAUAAAUAGACAACUAAUCAGUGACUAACCCAUCAUCUGAAUUCCCAUUUGCAUAGCCACUUAUCCAGUUCAGGAGCUUCAGAGUAAAAUGAAAGUGAUUUUUCAGAAACAGAUCAUCAUUGAGGAAAAUUAGCUUUAUGAAUGAUCUGAGGAAUUUGCUUUAAAAAUUAAUAACAUUUUAAUUUCUAUAAAUGACCUUUGAUUUGAUCUUUAAUUUGAGUCCACCUCUCGCCCUAUGACAGCUGAGGUAGGCUCCAGCUUAUCCCAGCAACUCUGAUAAGGAUACAAGGAAAACAGAAUGGAUGGACUUUUAAUUUGUAUCAUAUUUGCUUUAUCUGGCAUUUGGGGGGGAAAGCUGCAUUGUGGAGUUUAUUCAGGUUUUUCAGUAUCAUUGUAUCAUCAUUUCAUAUCUUUGUAUCAUAUAUGGUACACUAGGCAUCGAGGGGUUAAUCUUUGGAAUUUUUGUGUUUUAUCUGUUACAGGCGGAGCCAUGCACUAAAACAUUCCCUGCUUUAUCUGCAUCUGUUUGAGUCUUAAUGGGACUAUAAUUGACAAAAUUAAUGUAAUGUUAUAUUCAGUAAGAGUUAAAACAUGUGACUAUAACCAUUAACUCAUUAGGAAGCUCUUUACUGAGGUCACAUAUCAAAUAUGAAUUAGUGUAAUUUUCUCAUAAACUUCUAAACAAUUCUUCUUUUCUUUGUAUUCAAAGUCGUCACACCCUGCUCGGCACGACGAUUCAAAAAGAGUUCACAUUUAAGCCGUUUCACUUUUCAGUAACCACAUUUAAUGCCCAUCUUUUAUGUACAGUGUUUUAUGAACUGAGCAGAGGAACGUCUGACUGUCAGACAUAAAAAGACUGUUUAAUUCUUUUAAAUGCAACUUUUCAUGUGUAAACACAAACUAAAAGCAAGUUUAGUUUUUUUUAACAUUACUUGGAGUAACACCUGAAAUUUGCUUGGAGUUUAAAAUGAUGUAUUGACAUAUAUUACUAAAAAAACAAAUACUUUUGGUACAACAAAAUGUGUUGCAACAGGACAAAACAUCCUUUAAAUGGGAAUCUGAACACACACGGCUUUCACACUUGAUUUUUGAGAGGCUUAUAUGACAUGAUCAGCUUUACGUGCAAAUGCGCGCUCACUUGUUGUCUCUCCCUUAUUUAAACUGGCAGCCAGCCCAGGAAAUGGUGUUAAUACCAGAGUGCAACACAAUAAAAGGUUUGCCGCGGUAAAACCGCACACUAGAGCUCAUAACAGUCUUUUCUAAAAGGUUUCCAGUUCACUGCAGCUUUUCAUCAUUUCUUUUGUGCAGCAAAACGGAAAACAACAACAACAAGAACAACAAACUGGGAUGGGUCACAAGGAAGCUCUAAUGAAUGGAAAUGGCCUCAGUGUAAUUUCCGUAAUGUCUUCUAUUGAUUUAAUUUGUUACUAUGUGGAUAGUACAAAUCUGCACACGCUGAUUGGAAAAUAAUUUUCCUAAACAAUUUGAUGGAUGGUUAGUGAAAUGUGGGUAACUUUGGGCAGGACCAAAGCCACAAACACUCAGCUUGGCAGGCAGGGCUGUAUCAAGACAUGAUCUAACCAACCACCACAGUCAUACCUGAACUCCUCACAUUUGUCACAAAGCACAUGAAAGAUUCAAGACAACGACAGGUGCUUACAUCUGGAUAGAAUCUGCGACAUAACCACGUCACACACAGCAGUCAGUGCCGAGAAAUAUGUGC